UUGAACAGGAACAGUGUAAUUCCCUUCGUGGCCGACAAACUCCGCCCUGCGGCGCGCCGAUUUGCCGGCUGUCAAUCCGGCCGUUUAUGAUUAAAACAGAUGCGGCUUGGGCGUCUGUUGUUGCAUUUCGAUAUUUCUUCGUGCCGUUUUUCUGUUCCGGUCUUUUCUCUCUCUCCACUCAAUUUAUAUGAUAUUUUAACUCACUAAUAUCAUCGACAUAAUUUUAUUUUUAAAAUUAUUUCCGAUUUGUUCUGAGUUUAUUCACGCCGGAUUUUUUUUAUGUACUUAUGCAGCGCGCUCUCACUGCGACAAUUUUUAAUUACAGUCGCGAAUUUUUAACGUUUCUUUUUAUUCUUAAUCACGAUUAAACUAUCGCUACAUCCGCGGAUUAAAAAUAAAUCGCAAUAUGGUAUAGUGGAGUUUUUCCUCGUCGAUUAUUUUUUUCGCACGUCCGCUCGAUUGGAAACCGGAAGUGGUCCGCAGAGGAAAUAUUGUUCCAUUGGAGCGUGCAUAAUUCUAAUCCCUGGGAAGAAUAAUGAUAGCCAAUAAAAUGUUCCUGCCGCUGGUCAUACUGUCCUAUUUAUGUGUGCUAUCGAACGGUAGCGCGGGUAUCCGCGCCAUCAACGCCGAUAUUAUCUUGCGGGAUAUGCCCAUGCAGGAUGAAUCAGCGGCCACCGGUAGUGCGUGCUGUGCAGCGCCUGUCUCUGACUCACCCAAGAUCCCCAGCAGCGCAUUAUGGGAGCUGUCACAAAUGACCAACGAGGAUUUUGUGAAGAAAUACAGUCCCGAUGAAGAGACCAUGCCGCCGCCUCCGGGCAACGGCCUGGUGGUAAUCCAGGCGGCAGAACGGAUGGGGGUACCAGCAGCCCUUCCGCCGGCCACCCGGAUGCGGGAGUCGUUUACGGCUGAACUGAUUCCUGAUGAGAAAUUCGUUAAUCUCGAUAAUCAUUCACCGCAUUAUCUCAUGGCGGCCAGCGGCGACCAGGAGCCACCAGCAACCAACUUCCGGUUCAGUCGUAUUUUGACGGUCAACGCACCGGCAGUGGAAAUCGUUCAAAUGGCGGAUAAUGCGCGUUGUGUUCCUAACGAUGCGGUGGUGCCAUUGCCGAAACCAAACAACCAUUCCCUGGUGAUUUAUCCACAGUGUACCACGGUUAAACAAUGCGGCGGAUGUUGCGGUGACUCAGGACUGGUGUGUAAACCAACGGCCCGGCAAAACAUUAAACGGAAGGCUUCGCAUUUGGCCUACAUAAACGGACGUUUGCGCGUGGUGGACAGCAACGUGGUAGUGUCGCUGGAGGAGCACACGGAGUGCGCGUGCGUAUGCCGGCAGAACGCCAGCGACUGUCAUGUCAAUCAGGUGUACGAGGCCGCCAGCUGUCGUUGUACCUGUCGCAAUCCGGAAAAGGCCGCUAACUGCGGUCCCAACCGCAUCUGGGACGCGGAGCGCUGCGAAUGCAAAUGUCCCAACUCUAGCGGUACCUGUCCCGUCGGUUUCUUCUUUGAAUCCGGUUUCUUCUGCUCAUGUUUACCGAACAGUGGCUACCGGCAGAGCAAAUCCGCGGCCGCCGUCAGCCAUGCGCUAAGCCCAGCAUGGACGAACCCGUCAGUCAUGUCGUCAACGCCAGCUGACGGUGUCCGUCAGGAUGCCGGCUUUAUACCGCGCCGUAAACUGCGCAACGGCUAAACACCCGGCUGCAUACGUGGGGUGAUUCCAUUUCCAAAUGUCGGAUCCAGGGAAUUAUGUUGAUCCGUUAAAUACCCUGUCAAACGUUUGUGCGACCGCGCUUGCACGCACCGCUUGCACCCUGUGCCGUACAAGGGUGUUCCUUUCAUUCACGCUGACCUCAUUGGGUUCGUAAUCUGGACAUUACGGCUCAGUAUUUUUUGUUACUUUCGCGGGUUCUUGCUGGCUAAGAAUCACAUAUGGGCAGCUGCUUUUUUUGGCUUUCUUGAAGGGCGCGAAAAUGUUAUUAAUUUUGGGGGCUUUUUUAUUUGCGGCUUAUGCUGGCCGGUGUUUUUUUAUUGGCAUGCUUUUGACUAUUCAGAUCAUUGGAAACGAUUUGUGUCGCGGAAUUUUAUGUUACGAUUAUGAAAAAUACUAUCCGAAAGAAUGCAAAACCGUACAGUAAAACUAGUACAUGUUUUGGUACAAAGUGCA